AUGGACAUUGCAAAGGCGAUUUCUAAGAGCCUUAGUGAACGUGUCGUGAUCUCCAAGGUGAAUGGUAUCUUGUGGGAUCUCGAGCGUCCACUGGAGGGUGAUGCUACGCUUGAACUGCUCGACUUUGAGCACCCGGAAGGCAAGCGUGUGUUCUGGCACUCGUCCGCACACGUCCUCGGUGAAGCAGCAGAACGACAUUACGGAUGCCACUUGUGCAUUGGCCCUCCCACGGACGAGGGUUUCUACUAUGAAAUGGGUAUGGGUGAUAGUGGGGAUCGGCCCGUGAAGUCAGAGGACUUCGAACCGCUCGAGAAACUCAUUGGCAUGGCUGUGAAGGACAAACAGCCGUUUGAGCGGGCCGUGCUGACCAAAGAACAGCUGCUGGAAAUGUUCAAGUAUAACAAAUACAAAGUACACAUUAUCAACUCGAAAAUCCCUGAUGGCACAUCGACGACCGUGUACCGCUGUGGCCCUAUGAUUGACCUAUGUGUUGGUCCGCACAUCCCGCACACUGGACGCAUCAAGGCUAUGACGGUGCUGAAGAACUCGGCCUCGUAUUUCCUCGGCGACCAAAAGAAUGAUUCGCUGCAGCGUCUCUAUGGCAUCUCGUUCCCGGACAAGAAGCAGAUGACCGAGUACAAGCAUUUCCUUGCCGAGGCUGCCAAGCGAGACCACCGCCGCAUUGGAAGAGAACAAGAAUUGUUCAUGUUCCAUGACCUUAGCCCUGGUAGCUGCUUCUGGCUCCCGCAUGGUGCACGCAUUUACAACACGCUUCAGGACUUUAUCAAGAGCGAGUACCGAAAGCGUGGCUUUGAUGAGGUCAUUUCGCCUAACAUGUACAACUCCAAAUUGUGGGAGACGUCCGGUCACUGGGCAAACUACAAGGAUGAUAUGUUUGUUCUCUCUGUCGACAAAGAGACAUUCGCGCUAAAACCAAUGAAUUGCCCUGGCCACUGCCUCAUGUUUGCUAGCCGCGACCGCUCGUACAAAGAGCUACCUCUGCGCUUCGCCGAUUUUGGUGUGAUCCACCGCAAUGAGGCGAGUGGUGCAUUGAGUGGACUAACACGUGUGCGACGUUUUGUGCAGGAUGAUGCGCACAUUUUCUGUCGCGCAUCGCAGAUCGAGGAUGAGAUGAUCAACUGCUUCGACUUCCUGCAGACGGUGUAUGGUCACUUCGGCUUUUCGUUCAAGAUGGAGCUUUCGACGCGCCCAGAGAAACAUUUGGGUGAUGUGGAGACAUGGGAUGCGGCUGAAAAGCGUCUUGCCUCUGCCUUGGACCGAUUUGUACCAGGCCGAUGGGAGUUGAACCCUGGUGACGGAGCAUUUUACGGACCAAAGAUCGACAUUACUAUUAGUGAUGCUAUGCGACGCGAGCAUCAGUGCGCGACUAUUCAGCUGGACUUCCAGCUACCGCAGCGCUUCAACUUGGAAUACAAGACUCCACAGGGCGGAGCUGAGGCUGACAAGCAUACGGAACGCCCGGUUAUGAUCCACCGAGCAGUGGUCGGCAGUCUUGAGCGCUUUAUUGCGAUUCUGAUUGAGAACUUCGCCGGCAAAUGGCCAUUCUGGCUCUCGCCCCGUCAAGUGCUGGUUGUUCCCGUCACACAAUCCGUGUAUGAGUAUGCGGAGGAAGUGCGGGCCUUGCUGUGGGACCGUGGCUUCUUUGCUGAUGCCGACCUGUCAGACAACACUCUCAACAAGAAAAUUCGGAACGGCGAACUCGCCCAAUACAACUUCGUGUUUGUGGUGGGCCAUGAAGAGAAAGAGACCCGCAGUGUCAACGUUCGCAACCGCGACAACGAUCCAAAGGUCAUGAAGGGCAAGACGGAUACCAUCAAACUAGACGAUAUUUUGGCUAAGCUGCAGAAGCUCAAGGAAUCGCGUGCUAUAGAGAAUCAGCUCCCGUAG